AUGCUCGAGCGCCACUCUUUCAACCCGUACCAGCCCAAUGAGUUCCCAUUUUCCUCCAAUCUCUCAAACACUCAGCAAAUUGUCGUUGCUGGCCCUUUCACACUUGCGCAACAGCACAUCACUGCCAUCGAGGGCAUCGUUCCUACCCUGCAGACCAUUGUGGUCACCGUCAACCUCGACUGCCGACUCGACUUGAAGACGAUCGCCCUCCACGCCAGGAAUGCAGAGUAUACUCCUAAGUGUUUCGCCGCCAUCAUUGUGUGUAUUCGUGACCCAAAGAUGACCGCUUUAAUCUUUCCAUCGGGCAAAAUGAUCGUCACGGAUGCGAAGUCUGAGGACGACUCGCGUCUCGCUCCCCGCAAGUAUGCGAGGAUCGUGCAGAAGCUCGGGUUCAACGCCAAGUUCUCCGAGUUCAAGAUCCAGAACAUCGUCAGGUCUUGUGACAUCAAGUUCUUCAUUCGCCUUGAGGGUCUGGCAUACAUCACGGGUAGUUCAGCAUUGUUCCCUGGUCUUAUCUACCGCAUGAUCAAGCCCAAAGUAGUCUUGCUCAUCUUUGUUUCAGUCCGAGAAGAGAUAUACACCGCAUUCAACACGGUCUACACUGUGCUUGUCGAGUUCCGCAAGCCCUCAUCGCUCUCACUUGAGCAACCAUACAGAGCGCUUCAAAUUUUCGGAGUCGAGGGCGCAUGGCACUUUUGGACAUUGUUCGGUUAUCCUUGGACUACCUGCCUAUGUUGUGUGUUACCUUGA